AUGCGUAUCCAAUCUCUCGCUGUUCUGGCCGGUGCCACUGCCGCGAUCGCUGCCGAGACAGUCACUCUGUUCCUCCCGGGCUUCGAUGAGCAGCGCAUUGAGGGCAAGGUCAUUGGUACCUCCGGCUCCAUGACCCAAUACUUCAUCAAUUGUCCUGCCGACGUCGAUUCCGACGAAUGUGGUCUUCCCCCUAACGGCAUGACCGUAGCCCAGGGCUCUUCAACCGUCAGUCUAGGAUACAAAAUGGAUCAGAUUACGAUUGCUGAGAGCUGCAAGUACGAUUCCAAAACUGCCGACUGCGGCGCAACUUUCGAUGAGCAUGGCUCAACCUCCACGUUUACCUCUGCCGUGGCCCUCACUGAAAUCCCCGGUGGCGCAUUGAUGCCCGUUACGAUCACCGCAACUGAGACUGACAAGGCUGCCGCCACUAAGGGUGCCUCGGCCUCAGUUUCUACCGCUGCUUCGACUAGCGGCGCUACUUUGACCACCUCCGCUUCGACUACCAGUGGCACCAGCACUGGCACUAGCACUGGUGGUCCCUCGGAUAGCAGCAGCGCUGCCGCUACCAGCCAAACGGAGAGUGGCAACGCUGCUAUGCCUAUGAUUACUGGAAACGCGCGCUGGGCUGCCGGUGGUGUUGCAGCUGUUCUGGCUCUUGCCGCUCUCUGA